CGCUGCAGCACUAGCCGCUCCCGCUGAGCCAGCUUGCUCCCUCUCGUUCGCACUACAAUGGCUAUCGACAAGCGCGUCGUCGUCCUCGGCACCGGCGUGGUCGGCCUUUCGUGCGGCCUCGUCCUGUCCCGACAAGGCUACCGCGUCCACUUCAUCGCGCGCGACUUGCCCGAGGACUCGACCUCGCAAGGCUUCGCCUCCCCCUGGGCGGGCGCCAACUGGACGCCGUUCUACUCGCGGGACGAGGGCCCUCGCCAGGCCAAGUGGGAGGAGGCCACCUUUGCUCGCUGGGUCUCGCUCGUCCCGUCCGGCCUCGCCAUGUGGCUCAACGACACGCGCCGCUACGCCGACACCGACGCCGGCCUCCUCGGUCACUGGUACCGCGACACGGUCCGCAACUACCGCGAGCUCCCGCCGAGCGAGCUGCCCAAAGGCGUCGCGGCCGGCGCCGCGUACGACACCCUGUCGGUCAACGCGCCGCUGUACUGCCAGGCGCUCGCGAGGGAGCUGCAGACGCUCGGCGCGACCUUCGAGCGCAGGUCGGUCUCGUCGAUCGAGCAGGUGUUCGAGGGCCAGGACGACAUUGCGCUCGUCGUCAACGCCACCGGGCUCGGCGCCAAGUCGAUCGCUGGCAUCGAGGACUCGGCGUGCCACCCAGUGCGAGGCCAGACGGUGCUCGUCAAGUCCGGCUGCAAGCGCUGCACCAUGGACUCGUCGAACCCUGAGGCGCCCGCCUACAUCAUUCCGAGGCCUGGCGGCGAGGUCAUCUGCGGCGGCACCUAUUUGGUCGACGACUGGGACCUCUCGCCCUCGGCCUCGACCGCGCAGCGCAUUCUCACCCAGUGCCUCGCGCUCGACCCGUCCAUCUCGACCGACGGCACGCUCGACGGAAUCCACAUCCUGCGGCACAACGUCGGGCUGCGCCCUGCGCGCACCGGCGGACCGCGCGUCGAGGUCGGCAAGCUCACGCUGCCACUCGUGCGCUCGACCGAGCCGGGCACGGCGCUCGCGCUCGGAACGGCUCGCCCUGCUCCUGCGGGCGCGUCGAGCGAAGCGGUGGGUGCGCCGAGCGAGGCGGUCAAGCGCGAGGUGACGCUCGUGCACGCGUACGGGUUCUCGAGCGCCGGCUACCAGCAGAGCUGGGGCGUCGCGCAGGACGUGCUCGGGCUCGUCGAGGGCGAGAUCGGGCCGCCUCGAGCCUGGUGGACGCAGAGGGGCAAGCUGUAGUGCGGGUCGUGCGCAUCGGAGCGAGUUUGUGUCGGCCUUCGCAAGUUGGCUCGAAUCGCGGUGGCGGCGCAGCUCCCUCAACCUCUUCUCUCUCU